AUGGCCGGUUUGAAAGACGUUGUUACUCGUGAAUACACGAUCAAUAUGCACAAGAGAUUGCAUGGUGUUUCUUUCAAGAAGAGAGCUCCAAAGGCUGUUAAGGAAAUCAAGAAAUUCGCCAAAUUGCACAUGGGUACUGAAGACGUUCGUUUGGCUCCAGAACUAAACCAAGAGAUUUGGAAGAGAGGUGUCAAGGGUGUUCCAUUCAGAAUGAGAUUGAGAAUCUCCAGAAAGAGAAACGAAGAAGAAGACGCCAAGAACCCAUUGUUCUCUUACGUUGAACCAGUCUUUGUCUCCUCUGCCAAGGGUUUGGAAACCGUUGUCGUUGAAGAAGAAGCUUAA